AUGUCCGCCCUCCCGGCUCCUGAUGCACUCCUUCAGAUUGAAUGGCAGCCGGUGCCCCUACAGCUUGAUGCCACCGGGCAGACACAGCUUGUUAAGAAGCCCAGGACCGCUCUACAGAUCUACAUCCUGGGUUGUGAGCCUGCCUGGCAUGAUAUCGACGAGGUUUCCAUUCAGCAGUUCUUCACAGAGCUCCAAACCUACCUCCAGCACAGUCUGCAGAAUCAGUUGACCCGGGGCAGUCAGGCACUACUCCUUGUACAAGAGCGCCAGGCAGCACAGAAUGCUCUUAUGGCAGAGGCUCUAGAAGAUGAACUGAAUGAGGACGCCAUGGAGAUUGAGUGGACAAACCCGGCUACUCCACCAGACUUUGUUGCCGAAAUACAGAAGGCCCUUGAUGAAGGAAGACUGGUGGUGGGUAGACCAGCAACUCCGGCACCAAACCCAGGCUCCAGGUCCUCUUCCAGAGCAGCCACAAGAACAAUGCAGCGGAAGACCAGCCCCUUCGCAGCAUUCUCGGUCCGAUCCACUAGGAGAGUUAUUCCUACUGUGCAGCCAGCGGUGGGAGCAUCUCCCUUACCUACUAGCCGUUUUGCAGGAAUAAACCUAUUCCUUGGAUUAGCCGACCGAUCCUUUGACUAUGAGGGAGAACUCUACCCAGGUGCAGGCCGUGGACCUCCCAGUCCGCUAGCCAGGAACCCGGGAAGGUUUACUAUGUCUGGGGCCGCUCAAGGAGCAGCAACCUCACCAUUGGCCAGCAACCCGGUACCAGUAGCACCUGUGGCCCCUCCUGCUGUGGCAACCGCUCCCCCUCCAGUCAAUGUACAGGGUGGAAGCGGUGGAAAUCAGAACCCUCCACCUCCCGUGGCCCGCGCUCCCACUCCUGAAGACUCAGACAGUUCUGACAGUUCAGACUCGGAACCGGAAGGUGGUGACAGAAGAGGCUGGCGGAGAUACCUCAAGAAGAAGUUGGAGAAGCAACAAAAGGAUUUGUUUGCUAUGAUGUCCCAGCAGUAUCGACCUCCGGCCACCUCUCCCCCUUCUGCUUCUACCAGGGCCCGGGAACCGAAGGCACCACCACCCUCAAAGUUCCAAGGCAAAGCGGAGCAAGUGGAGACCUUUAUCCGGCAAUGUGAGAAUGUGUUCUCCAUUGAGAGCCUGUCAUUUACCUCUGAGGAGGUUAAGAUCCGAUAUGCGGGCAACUUGAUGGAAGGGGAGGCAGCGAUCAGAUGGUAUGAGGCAUACCACAACUCAAUUGAUCAAGCCUCCGCCAACCGCCUUGCUGGGCAGCCCGUGAUAUUGGAUCAGAGAUGGAAGCGCUGGGAUUCCUUUGUGGAUGCUUUUAGAGCAGCUUUCGGCGAAGCCAUCUCCAGAGAUGAUGCUGUAGCCCAUUGGAAUACCCUUACCCACACAGCUCGAGGAGGAAUAGACCUCUUCCUGAAUACUAUCAUUCAGCUGAUGUGGAAGACUGGCUAUGAGGGUCAGUUGGUGGAUGAUAAGAUUAACAAUUCCCUCCUCCCAGACCUAGGCAUGAGUUGGGCUCUUUUCAAUCCCAAGCCAAAGUCUUUGAUGGAGUGGAUAGCUGCUCUAAGAGAGUUAGGGCACACUCAUGAGAGGUACCAAGGGAUGGCAGCUGAGAAAGUGCCCCCUCGGAACAAGAAAGAUCCUCCUGCUGAGAAGGACCGGCAGCCCAAGAGGAAAAGAGAAGCUGCAAGCUCCUCCGGACCUCAGAAGGUCCCGGGACCUAAGGAUAAAGCGGUGGAACUGAAGGGUAUUCCGGGGGAUAUUCUAGAAGAAAGAAGGAAAGCAGAAGUAUGCUUGAAGGAACCUACUGUUGUCCGAGUGGCAGCAGUGAGAGUACAAAAGCGGAAAAGAGAGAAGGGUAACUCCAACUCUCAGAAGAAGGCUAAAGUGGCUGCUCUUGUAGCAGAGGAUUCACUUGUUGUACUCCCGGAGGUUACAGAAGAUUUUGUUUUUCAACCUGAGCAAGACUCGGACAAUGAAAUCCUCUGGUAG